AUGAUCUCUGAGUUCUUGAGAUCACAGUCUGAGGUGUCUGCAUCCCAGAGGACUCAUCAGUCAAAAAUCAAGUAUGACUGGUAUCAAACAGAAUCUCAAGUAAUCAUUACACUUAUGAUCAAGAAUGUUCAGAAGAAUAAUGUAAAUGUGGAAUUUUCAGAAAAAGAGUUGUCUGCUUUGGUGAUACUUCCUUCUGGAGAGGAUUACAAUUUGAAACUGAGACUUCUUCAUCCUAUAAUACCAGAACAGAGCACAUUUAAAGUACUUUCAACAAAGAUUGAAAUUAAAAUGAAAAAGACAGAGGCUGUGAGAUGGGAAAAGCUAGAGGGGCAAGGAGAUGUGCCUAAACCAAAACAGUUCAUAGCAGAUGUAAAGAACUUAUAUCCAUCAUCAUCUCAUUAUACGAGAAAUUGGGAUAAAUUGGUUGGUGAGAUCAAAGAAGAAGAAAAAAAUGAGAAGUUGGAGGGAGAUGCAGCUUUAAACAAACUAUUCCAGCAGAUCUAUUCAGAUGGUUCUGAUGAAGUGAAACGUGCUAUGAACAAAUCAUUUAUGGAGUCUGGUGGUACAGUUUUGAGUACCAACUGGUCUGAUGUAGGUAAAAGGAAAGUUGAAAUCAAUCCUCCUGAUGAUAUGGAAUGGAAAAAGUACUAAAUAAAUUAAUUUGCUAUCACUGUAUUGCAUAUAUUCA